AUGGAUAACAUUGUAACUCUUUAUAUGGGUUAUAAUUUACUAGUAAAAAAAAAAGAAAAUAAACAGCAAAAUCGAAAAUUUUGGGUUCAUCCCUUAUUAAGUACCCGUCUAUCAGAAGGUGCAUUUACAAUAAAUUUUCACGGUCUCAGGAGAGAUCCAAGAAAAUUUUUUAAUUAUUUCCGUAUGACAGUUUCUGCAUAUGAUGAACUACUUACAACAUUCGUUGGACAAAAACUGACAAAACUGGAUACAAAUAUGCGAAAAUCUAUCACUCCCGCUGAAAAAUUAGCAGUCACUUUGAGAUACCUUGGGUCUGGGUGUACAUUCACAGAUUUGCAUUAUUCCUACAAAUUAGGAACAUCAACAAUUGCUCAGAUUAUUCGGGAAGUUUGUAUUGUAAUAUGGGAUGAAUUAGUUGAAGUUUACAUGCCUUCUUUUACAGAUCAAUAUUGGCAAAAUAUUUCUACUGGUUUUGAACAACGAGCGAAUUUCCCUAAUUGCUUAGGAGCUGUGGACGGAAAACACAUUCGUAUAAUUAAACCCACUGGAACUGGUAGUCAGCAUUAUAACUAUAAACAUUAUUUCUCAAUUGUCUUAUUAGCAGUUGUGGAUUCAGACUAUAGGUUUAUAUAUGUUGAUGUGGGAUCAUUUGGGAAGGACUCCGACUCCACUAUUUUCAAAAAUUCAUCGUUCGGAACUUUAUUAGCCAAUGAAUCACUACAUAUUCCCAGACCAUCUCAAUUACCGAAUACGAAUGAAACUGUUCCAUAUGUAUUUGUUGGCGAUGAAGCUUUUGGUCUAUCAAAAAACGUACUACGACCCUACGCAGGAAGAAAUUUAUCGGAAAAAAAAAAAAUUUUUAACUACCGUUUGUCUCGUGCACGAAGAUAUGUGGAAUGUGCUUUCGGAAUUUUAUCAAAUAAAUGGAGGAUUUUUCAUAGACCUUUAAACGUUACCACAGAUUUGGCGGUUGAUAUUACGAAAGCUUGUUGUGUAUUGCAUAAUUAUGUACGUGAAAAAAAUGGAUAUGUUUUUCAAGACACGCUAACUAUUGAUGGGUUCAAUGAAAUUGAAAGACCUAAUAACAUCAACCGCGGCAGUAGAUUCGCAAGUGACAUAAGAAAUACAUUUGCAGAUUACUUUCAUACCAUAGGAGCUAUACCAUGGCAAUAUGGAAAAUAG